AGCUGAGUAUUGACUCCAGAUCUUGGGGAUUUUUUGGGUCUCUCACUGCGCCCUUUGGAAGUGAGUGUAGACUUGAAGUCAGUAAUUCACCACUUCUCUUCCAGUCCGGCGGACAUCCUACUCUCUGGAUGGAGGAUCGUUGCUGCUGUUGCUGCAAAAUGAGGGCGCUGUGUUUGAACUUUGCUUUCACCUGUCUAUGGCUUCUCCCUGUUGCGGUCCAAGAGACCGCCAAGCCUCUGAACUUUGAGAGCCAGCUUUGGAGGGAGGACGGGGGAGAUGGUGUGGGAGCUGCUUUAAAGGUUAAACACCUCUCCAAAGACUUACAGAUCAUCUCCACCAAACAAAAAACACCUGCUUACGGCUCUCUGGGUCCGUAUGGUUGGCCCCAGAACUUUUCUCAAGCCUUGGAUCAGUAUCUGUACCGCCCUCCUCCUAAAACCAAACCCCCUGCUAAAACAUCUCCAAAGGCCAAGAAGAUCCUGGGCUGGGGGGAUUUCUACUUCAACGUGAAAACGGUGAAGUUCAGUCUCCUGGUGACGGGGAAAAUUGUGGACCACAUCAACGGGACCUUCAGUGUGUACUUCCGCCACAACUCAUCCCGUUUGGGCAACAUAUCAGUCAGUAUUGUCCCGCCCUCCAAAGCUGUCGGAUGGGAAGUUCUGAAUGCUCAGACCACUCACAGCAAAAACUCAGUUCUGUUUCCAGAUCCAGUAUCCCAGUUCCAGAGCACUCCCCAGUCCACUAGUGCCCCCCCUCCGGACCCGCAGAAGCAGCAGGACGUGAUGAUGGUGACAGAACUCAACUGUCGGAUCGAAUACCAGAGAACCAAUCGGUCCAAAAAGACCAAGCCCUGUUUGUACGACCCAGGCCAGACCUGCUACUCAGAAAACACCCAGUCCCAAGCGGCCUGGAUCUGCGCCAAACCCUUUAAGGUUAUAUGCAUCUUCAUCGCCUUCACUGGUACUGAUUACAGGCUGGUGCAGAAAGUGUGUCCCGACCACAACUUUCAGACGGAGCAGAACCAGCAGCACUUUGGAUGAUGGAUUUUCAGAUGCUGAAACUGAGAUAUCAAACACUGACCUGUCACACAUCCUUCAAAACCAUGUGUUCAGAUUUUAAGAAAGAGAUUGGACAUUGAUUUAAUGAAUUUUUAUACAAAACUAAAGCCAAUUUCAACUUAUCACUGACUGUAGUUUAGGCCAAAACUUACAUUGUUGUCUUAACAGCAGCAGUUACAAGGAGACUAGUUUUAAAAUGUGAGCUUUUUGUUGUCUGUAACCCCAUCUCCUAAAGUCGUGUAGGGCUGCAACUAUUUCACUCUUGAUUAAUCUGUUAAUUAUUUUCUCCUGUAGCUGUUUGGUCU